CUUGAAAACAGAUUUAAUUUUAUACUUGAUUUGGAAAAUAUUAAGAGCAGACCAUAUAUUAUUGCUUCAAUAUCACACCCAAAGUUUAAGCUUUCAUGGAUACCUGUUAGAUAUUUAACUGCAUGUAAAAAUAUUUUUUUAUCUGAAUGUAAUUUUAUGAAGUCAGUAAUUAAUUCAGAUUCUAAAGAAAAUGAAAAAGACUCUGCUGAUAGUGAUGAAGAAUUUUAUGGUAUUUUAAAACAAAGUAAAUAUUCACUAGAUAAUACGGCUGCUGAAAGUAUUCAAUUAAAUAAUGAUGAUAGUAAUGAUGCAACUGUACAAGCACUAUCUUAUUUGGAUUCAAAAGACAAAAACCUAGACAUGUUAAACAUAUUUCCAAUUGUAAAAAAAGUUUUUUUUAAAUAUAAUACCACUCUCCCGUCUUCAGCACCAGUGGAAAGACUUUUUAGUAGUGGAUCCCAAAUUUUAACACCAAGAAGAAAUAGACUUCAGGAUAAGACAUUUGAGAUGCUAUUUUGA